GCCACAUCAGUCCUUCUGUAACACUUGCUUUUAGAAGAGGCCAGAGACCCAGCCACCACAGAUCUGCUCAGAUGUUCUUGAAGUUGAAGAUGAAAUCUCUUUCUGGACUCAAAGAUUCACAUCAUCUGUUCCUCCUGACUUGGUUGUUAGUCCAACAGGUGACAGGCCUGACUGAGCUUUCCAACCUGAACAUGGCCCCCGAUGCAUUUGAUGACCAGUAUGAGGGCUGUGUUGAAGAAAUGGAGAAAAAAGCACCCGAGCUGUUAAUGAAAGACUUCAACAUGAGCAGACAGUUAAAACUGGAGUGGGAAAGGGCAGGCCAAAAAUGGGAGAAAAUAAAAACCAGGAUGAGCUAUCCCAAAGGUUUCCAUGAUUUCCAUGGAACGGCUUUAGUGGCCUACACUGGGGACAUCCACAAAGAUUUUAAUGGCGCUGUUAGAGAAUUCAAGAAAAACCCCGGUAACUUCCAUUACAGGGCCUUCCAUUACUACUUAACAAGAGCCCUCCAGCUUCUGAGUAACCAGAAUUGUUAUUCCGUUUAUCGAGGCACCAAGGACAGGUUUCAUUACAGUGGGAAAGGCUCUGUGCGAUUUGGGCAGUUCGCUUCCUCGUCUUUGGAAAAGGAAGUGGCCCUUAAGAACUUUAGUGGUGCUGCUGGGACGCUGUACACCAUCAACACCUGCUUGGGGGUGUAUAUAAAAGCAUUUUCUUACUUCCCUCGUGAAGAGGAGGUGUUGAUUCCAGCCUAUGAAGUAUAUCACAAAGUCAGUGUAACACGAAGUGGAGAGGGGUAUGACAAGAUUUCCCUGGACUCCCCGCGAAGAGAGAAGAGCAACUUCAACUGCUUCUAUAGCGGUUCUACUGAAACAGGAGCCAGAAAUGGCUGUGCAUUCCUGCUGCUUGUGAUGCUACCUGGACUCCUGGUCUGGCUACUUCCUCUUGUUGAUCUGUAGCCAUUUCCUGCCUGCAGUUUUUGGGUCUGAGUGUUGAAGGGAGGCCGAGAGACAAGAACUUGGCUGGUUCUCUAAGAUAUAUGGUAGAAGGAAGGGUGGGAUCAUUUUGGGGAGAUCUACUUUCACACUCAAUGGUUUCUGUAGACACCCUGGAACCUCCUGGGUCUAUGGGUGAAACUUUACUCUCUAAUUUCAGAUUUACUGCCUUUUUAUCAUUACUGUUACGAAAAGCAAUGUUUGUCUGUCUGAUCAGCACUAACAGUUUUAAAGUAUGCAAUAUAUGAUGAAUGCUACAACUCAGAGAAAUAAAUGGUUUAUAGCCACA